AUGGCAGUGCCCCCGGAGCUGUUUGUCACCCCAGCUUCCAGGCUGGACUCCUUCGUGGCUCACUGCCUGCAUCCCAGCCAGAAGUGGAAAAAAGAGGUGCUGGAGACUGUGCAGACCGUGGAACAGUUCCUGAGGGAGCAGAGCUUCCAGGGGGAGCAUGGCCUGGACCAGGAAUUGGGGGUGCUGAAGGUGGUCAAGGUGGGCUCCUUCGGGAACGGCACAGUGCUCAGGGACAGCUCAGAGGUGGAGCUGGUGAUGCUCCUGAGUGGUUUCCACAGCUUCCAGGAGGAGGCCAGGCACCACGACGACGUUCUGAGCCUGCUAUGUGAAAAGCUCAGGUAUUGCCAGGACCUCCUGAGCCUCAAGCUCCAGGACCUGAGGCUGGUCCAGGGAGUCUUCUCUGCUGUCACCUUCACCAUCCAGUCCUGGGAGACUGCGGAGCCCAUCACUGUCACCAUCGUGCCGGCCUACAGGGUCCUGGGGCCUUCUGUUCCCAACUCUCAUCCCUCCCCAGAGGUCUAUGUGAGUCUGAUUAAGGCCUGCGGUUCCCCUGGACAUUUCUCCGCAUCCUUCAGCGAGCUGCAGAGAAACUUCGUGAAACACCGGCCCGCCAAGCUGAAGAGCCUCCUGCGGCUGGUUAAACACUGGUACCUGGAGUGCGUGAAAUCCUGGUGCCUUAGGGCAGAGCUACCCCCUCUCUAUGCCCUUGAGCUACUGACCAUCUACGCCUGGGAAGUGGGUACUCAGGAGGAGGCAUGUUUCAGGUUGGACAGCGGCCUGGCCACCGUGAUGAGACUGCUUCAGCAGUAUCAGUUACUCUGCAUCUACUGGACCGACUACUACACGUUCCAGAACCCGAUCAUUGAGGACUUUGUCAGAAAACAGCUCAAAAAAGAGAGGCCUAUCAUCCUGGAUCCAGCUGACCCCACCCACAAUGUGGCAAAAGGCUACAGAUGGGACAUAGUCGCUCAGAGGGCCUGCCAGUGCCUGAAACAGGACUGUUGCUAUGACAACUACGAGAACCCAGUCCCCAAAUGGAACGUGAAGGGGGCACGAGACAUCCAACUGACAGUGGAGCAGUGGGGUUCCUCGGAUUUCAUCAUCAUGAUGAACCCUUAUGACUCCAUAAAGAAGGUUAAAAGGAAGAUCCAGUGGAACCUGGGCUCCACAUUCCUCCAGCGUCUGUCCUUCCAGGAGUCAGGUGGGGAGCGACAGCUCCUCAGUAGCCAGUACUCCUUGGCUGAUUACGGGGUUUUCUCCAACACUCGCAUCUGUCUGCUGCAGACCAUCUCCCCUGAGAUCCAGGUCUUUGUGAAGAAUCCCAGUGGUGGGAGCCACGCCUAUGCCAUUUACCCCGAUAGCCUUGUCCUGAACCUGAAGCUGCAGAUUGAAGUCAAGGAGGGGCUGCUCAGAGAGGAGCAACAGCUAGAGUUCCAAGGCCAAGUCCUGCGGGAUGGGUGGAGUUUGAGGAGCUAUGGUGUCCAAGACAGCACCACCCUCAUGCUGAAGAAAGAAGGAAAGAAGAACCCAGCUAGUUCCUCUGAAAGACCUCUCUGUGCAUUUCUGCCAUUUAAUCCAGACCCCAUCAGUUCCACCUGA